UCAUUCAAUAUUCAUGUUUGUGGAACUCAGAAUUAAAAAACAGUUGCAUUAGCAUAAGCAUUUUUAAGAACUUUAAAAGAUAAUCGCAUCUUUUAAUUAAAGUACUCGAUUUUAUUUUAACGUAUUCGUUUAUUUAAUACUUUUCAUAGUGAAACAUGUUGGGAUCCGGCGAUGGAGGUAAUAUUAUCAAAUUGCGUGGGUUACCAUUCUCCACUACAAUCGAAGAUGUUUUGGAUUUUUUAUCUGAUGUCAAUGUGUUGAACGGAAAAGAAGGUGUACAUUUGACUGAGGUACGACCUGGCCGUCCAUCUGGUGAGUGUUUUGUUGAAGUGGAGAGCCAACAAGAUGUUGAGGAAGCUUUAAAGAAAGAUAAAGAAAAUAUGGGCAAAAGAUACAUAGAAGUUUUUUCCACUGAUCGUCAAGAUAUGGAAUGGGCACUGAAUGCUAUGAAACAAAGUGAAAAUGGAUUUGAUACACUUCCUAUUGUCAAUGAUGACAUGGGUGUUGUUAAGCUGAGAGGUUUACCCUUUGGCUGCUCAAAAGAUGAAGUUAUCCAGUUUUUUGACGGGAUCCAAGUGGCCCCGGAGGGGGUGCACUUACUAUCGGACAACACGGGGCGGGCCUCGGGCGAGGCGUAUGUUUACUUCAUUGACAAACAGGGUGCUCAAGAUGCCCUCAGCAGGGACAGGGAGAAAAUAGGACACAGGUACAUAGAAGUGUUUCUGAGUUCGCCCGACGAAGUGAGGGCAUACGCAGCGCGAAUCGAUAGCGGAAUGCGUUCCAGCCGUGGGUACAGACCGACUCCGUACGAUAGGAACGAGCGAUUUGGUGGACGGUUUGCUUCGAGGGGCAGAACGGCUUUUGGGAGAGGUGGUAGUGGUGGAUAUGGUGCGGCCAGAGGGGGGUUGAGGCGCAGCAGCGGUCUCCACUGCGUGCACAUGCGAGGCUUACCCUUUAAGGCCUCACCUCAGGAUAUCGCUUAUUUCUUCAAACCAAUCCGCCCGGUCAACAUCACGAUACUCUACGACAGCAGCGGGCGGCCUUCGGGCGAAGCUGAUGUGGAAUUUGAAUGUCAUGAUGACGCUAUGAGGGCAAUGAGACGAGACAAAAACAACAUGGAGCACAGAUAUAUAGAAUUGUUCCUGAACUCGUCACCGAGUAGCGGCGGAGGCGCUUUUAAAUCUAACCGGAAUUUCCGGAACUAUUGAUUUUCAUUUUUUUACGUUCGGCAGUUAUGCUGCUAAUUUGAAUUAAUAGUGACGUCACAUGAAGGUUUUAAUACAAUACAAUAUUGAAACAUGUCUACGAUUUCAGAUAAUGAUAUCCAAAUAAAAUACAGUUGUGUUAGUUAUAAAUACUGCUGCUAUAUAAAUAGGAGGUUGGAAAUGACAUACUCAGGUCCGGAAUAUUCAAAUACCAAUUAUAAUUGCAAUAAUAUAAACAAAAAUGCGCUUUUAUUUCAAUAAUCGCAAGUUAAAAUAGUAUUUGAAUAUAGAAACCGGACGCCAAGUCUUAGAAACUCAACCUGUGACGUCACUUCCGAUGCAAACGAAAUUCCAAAUUCAAUAGUUGUCAGGAGUCUUAGCCAACAAUAGUUUGCGACAGGCGUGAUCGGAAAUCAGGAUGCAGGCAUUUGGUCACGUGAUCAAUCCCAUACUAAUUCGAUUGGCGUUCGUCGCGCCUGUUGCAAGAAUGUUUGGCUAAGGCCCUUGGUGACGUCAUCGUUUGAAUUUCAUUCUAAUAUGGAAUUCUUUGUAACAUGAUUUCUAUGUUAAAUUAGUAUUUUUUACUCAAGAAUUAUCUUAAAGUACAUUUGAUUGUAUUUUUAAGUUUUAUACCUGUAAUUGUUAUGUGCAUGUUUAUAUUUGCACGAAAUUCUAUUAAAAUUGUCAAGGGAACGCCCAUUGUACUUAAUGUUGGAAUUUUUAUUAGAAAUUCUCAAAAUUACAAUGAGAUUAUCCACAGAGAUAAUAUAGAUAAGGUGAAAAUAUAUUUUUUAAAUUUCAACGCCAAUGAUUGAAAUUUUUAAUAAAAAAAAGUAGAUAAAAUAAUUUACUAUUCCUAUCUCUUUCCACCAAAUUCCACUAUUACUAUCUCUUUCAUGUCCAGUGGCAGACUAUCUUACUUCCCCAUAAAGAAAGAGAGAAAAAUCACGUUGAAUUGAAAUUCGAGUCUUAUAUAGCAAAUAAAAAAUGUUUUUUUUAUCUUACUCAAUAUAAACGUUUUAAAUCGUCAAGUACCUCAUCUGUCUCUUUUUAUCAUAGCGUAAAAUCGAAUUGACAGAAAGAGAGCAAAAGAAUUAAAGUGGAGUAAAGGUAUGUAUCUAAUUUUGUGGAAUUAUUUACAUUUGUUAAGAAAUACUGUUAUAUAGUAAAUAUAAUUGCUGCUUCCGUAAUCAUUUGAUAAGUCAAAUACUGCAGUUAAUUGAUAUUAACUCCUAAUCGACUGGGAGUGAAAUUAAAUUCCUGUGUGUAUUUCUUAAGUCUUUCAUUAGCACUCUUACUUUUUAGUUUCGUCUCUGUGGAUAUUAUUAAGCUUAAAUAUAUUUUACAGAACAAUUAUAAUAACAUCGAAUAUUAGUGGGACAGUGUCUGAUUUUGUGGAUUUUUUACAAAUAUCCCGUUUUAGUAUAGGUUAAUUAAAUAGCCAUAAAGUUUUCAAUAA